AUGGCAUCUGUAUUUCACAAAUCCUGCCAGAAACCUGUGGACAAAUAUAUUGAGUAUGAUCCUGUUAUCAUAUUGAUUAAUGCUGUUUUAUGCAAAGCACAAGCAUACAGGCACAUUCUUUUCAAUACAAAGAUAAAUAUUCAUGGAAAGCUCUAUAUAUUUUGUUUGCUCUGCGAAGCUUAUGUCAGGUGGUUGCAACUACAGGAUUCAAGCCAAAAUAUAGAUCCUGAUGACUUAAUAAGAUAUGCCAAGGAAUGGGAUUUUUAUCGAAUGUUUGGUAUAGCUUCUUUAGAACAAACUUCAUUUUUGGUUGGCAUUUUUAUUACCUUAUGGUGGAUGAGACCUGAGAUGCUGAAGACAAAGUCUGAAUUCAUUUUACUUCUCAAAGCACUGCUGUUGUCCAGCUAUGGAAAACUUUUGCUAAUUCCAGCUGUAAUUUGGGAACAUGACUACACACCUUUGUGCCUUGCAUUUAUAAAAGUGUUUGUCUUGAUAUCAAACUCUCAGGCAAUUAGAGUUACAUUGAACUUGAACCGUGUGUUCCCUUGGUUGGCCAUCUUCUUUGGAUUAUUUUUGGAAAAUGGUGUGGUCUGCUUGUUCCAGAAAAUGGGAUUGGAUGUUUGA